AUUUAACUUUCGUACCGUCUGCAUACACUGCGACUUAAAAAACACAGUUCAGCCCCUAGGGUUCAGUUGGGGUUUAGGGUUCUCUCAUCACAUCGGUGUUAUCACUGUCACGGCGUGAGCUCAUCUCAUCGUUGAGUAUAAUAAUGGAUUCGGACACUGAAGAAACAAAACCCAAGCAUCCCAAGAAGGAGAAGAAAAAGAAGAACAAGAAGAAAGAGGUUGAGGUUGUCCAACCUCAAUCUGAACAGAUUGAGGUUGAGGUCGAGGUUGUCCGUGAGCACCCCAAUAAAACACCUCCUGUUGUUGGUUAUUUCCCUUCCGGAUUUGAUCCGGUCAAGAAUCAUGGCGGCGGUCCCUCCAAUUUUCAAGUUUACCGGCACAGGAGCAUGCCCAAGAGGCUGGAGCUUGUGGUUCGCCCUCCCCGGUCUUCAGUGGAAUUUGUUGGAACCAGUUAUGCUGGCGAGGCUGCGGCCAGACACCGUGCCAAGUACGCACUUGGGGUUCUUGACAAGGAAGCCGGGACCCUGAAGGUUGUGCCCAUUGCUGGUAAUAAGAUAUUCAGAUUGGAGCCGAAGGUUAAAGGCGUGGGAGCUUUUGAAAAUGAGCCUGCAAAUUCAACGUUGGAAGAGAUGACUCAGCAGCAGAAGUUUGCGGAGACUACUUCUAUAUGGGGAACAAAGAAGGAUAUAGAGAAGGCUAAAAAGAAGCUAGCUCUCAGACAAGAUGAAGAUCCUGAUUCUCAAAGGAAUCUGGAUGUGAAAAUGAAAAGUGUUACAGUAAACAAAAAGGCUCUUGAAAGUACAGAAUCUCAUGUUUCUCGCAAUAUACCACCAUAUGAUGCUUCUGCAACUACACCUCAGGAGGCAUAUAUAUUGGACAAAAUCAUCCUUAAGGGAGAAUGGGAUUAUCUUGAAGACAUUUAUAAUAAUUUGCAACGGGGAGAAGAAGCAGACUUCAGUGCUUAUCCAACUUUUGUUCGCAACAGGAUAGAAAGAUUGAGGAAAAUUAAGGAUGAGUCAGAAAAGAAGCAGCUUUCCUGCAUAUUCUCAUACAUCAAUCAUCUUAUAAAGUUCAAAGAUCAGCAUUCCUUUGAUGUUUUGUCGGCAAAGGGCCAUAAAAUCCCCAACAUUCUGCGUCAUAAGUUUUCAAAUAUGUUUGCUGUUUCUGAAUCAAAAAGGCUGCCCCCUGAAAAGAUUAGUCUUCUCAUUUGUUAUGUGUUGGUGCUUACGCUUUUCUCUGAUGAGUUCCGAACUGACUACACAGAUAUUGCAAAGGAUCUGAGCAUGAACAUACUGCCCGUGAGACAACUCUAUGAGCAUUUGGGUUGCAAAAUUUCCCGCCAGAAAAACAUAUUUUAUGCCACACUUCCUGUCCCUCUUAAAUUUCCUGAGUUGAGGCAGAGGAAGCGGAAAAGGUAGAUAGAUCACUAUUUGAGUCCUUUUUGGGGGUCAUUGACUGUUCUAAAUCUUGUCUUCCAGUCUCGUUGGUGCAGUGAUAUAAAAAAUUACUAUCCAACACUUCCUAUAGGUUGUUUGUUAUUAUUUUCUAUCUGCAUACAUUUGAACAUUGUUUGCUGUUUUAGUAUUUUAAGAAGCGAUUUUGAAAUUAGCACACUCAAUUUAUUUUGAUAGAAGAUUUCCUUAUUGCUGUUGAA